AUGGUAGUGUCAAAAAUGAAGAAUGGGUUAUGGACAGUAAAGACCUUUGAAGAUGUUCAUAACCAUCAUUUACUAAGAACUCCUUCUAAGGUGAUGAAGAUGCGGUCUCACCGCCAUAUCAGUGUGACGUGUAGAAGUUUAAUGGAGACAUUGCAUAAGAGUAGAGUGGGACCGAGCCAAAUGUCUCGAAUACUGAAUGAAACACUUUCAAAUACAGGGUCUGCAUCUAUUACCCCGAACGAUUGUUCAAAUCAUUUGAGGGGAGUUCGAAGCAACAAUAUUGGGCAAGAAUGCAUGGCUAUUGUUAAGUUUUUCAAGGAGAAAAAACUCAAUGAUGAUUUUUUCUUUUUUGAUAUGGAGCUUGAUGAGUUUGGUCAAACUAGAUGUGUAUUUUGGGCAGAUGGAAGAUCUAGAGUUGCAUAUUCAGAAUUUGGAGAUAUUGUCGUUUUCGACACUACUUAUCAAACAAAUAGAUUUUGUUUCCCCUUUGCUCCUUUUGUUGGAGUUAACCAUCAUAAGCAGUCUAUUUUAUUUGGUUGUGCUCUUAUGGCAGAUGAAAAAGAAGAAAUGAAUCGAUUGAAGCAUUCGAGGAUAGAUGGGGGUGAACUUAAGGCAACAUACAACAUUGAUGAUAAACAUUGGUUGAGUAGGAUGUAUGAAAUUCGGAGCAAAUGGGUUUCUCUAUAUUGGCAAGAUACAUUCACAGCAGGAAUGACCACUACACAACGUAGUGAAAGUAUCAACUCAUUUUUUGAUGGCUUUGUUAAUGCACAAACCCCACUGGAUGAGUUUGUUAUGCAGUAUGAUAAGGCUUUGUUAGCUCGAAGAAAUGUUGAAGAAAGCGAAGACUUCAAAACUUUGAAUUCUAUAGCUAACUUUUAUACGGGUCAUCCAAUUGAGAGACAUGCAGGAGAAGUGUAUACAAGAGCUGUGUUUGAUACGUUUCAAGCAGAAUUGCGAGAAAGUGAUAGUAUGCUUGCUGAACGCAUUCGAGAUGGGUCCGAUAAUGCUAAAUAUGCAAUUUGCAAUCAUGUUGUUGUAUUUGGCAAAAAUUGUAUUGAAGAUGCGGAACCUUACGCUAUGUGCUCGUGUAAGAAGUUUGAGAGAGAGGGCGUGUUGUGUUGCCACAUAUUGAAAAUAUUUAAAAAAAAGGAGGUGCCGAAGAUUCCCAAAAAAUAUAUUCUACGUCGUUGGAGUAUGGAUGCAAGGUAUCAGUCAAGUGUUAUGAUGGUUGAGACCCACAACAAUGCCUUUACACCAUUGAUGAAGUGGAGUGCACAAAAUAUGUGUUUUCGUAUUGCACAGAGUAUAUCAUCUCUAGACAUGUAUGAGAAAAUUAUGCCUAAGCUAAAUGACAUAUUUGAAAUGGUUACUGAAAAGUCAAAUGCACCAGAGCAUACAUUGCGCACCAAGCAAAAUGAGGAAAAUCAAGAGGUUAUUGGUUCAUGUUCUUUGCCUACCUUCUCAUGUGAUAAUGAUGUUUAUGGGUCACACGUUAGCAUUCUUGAUCCAAAACCUGUCAAGAGCAAAGGGCGGCCAAGAGUAAAUACAAGGAUUAAAUCUGGAAUUGACCUUCAAUUAUCAGUCAAGAGGAAAAGGACUUGUAGUAGAUGUGGGGAAAAGGGUCAUUACAUGACCACAUGCACAUCUGGUCAACCCUGAGCUACAAGAAAGAACAACUAUUUCAAGCCACAAUAUUGGUCAAUUGUUAUGGUGUUUUCAGUUUACUUCUAUUAAUGGAUGUUGAACCUGUACCCUUUUAAUAUGCAAUUUUUCUUUUGUCAAAAAAAUUCUUGUAUUAUUUUUUGAAACAAAA